AUGGGUUUUUCAUUACAGAAGUUUGUGAUGUUCAGGGAUGUGGCCGUGUUCUUCAGUCAGGAGGAGUGGUUACACCUGGACCCUGCUCAGAGGGCCCUGUACAGGGAUGUGAUGCUGGAGAACUACAGUAACCUGGUCUCACUGGGGAUUCCGUUUUCCAAACCAAAAGUCAUCUCCCAGUUACAACAAGGGGAAGACCCCUGGAUGGUGGAAAAAAGAGUUCCUCAAGGCUCCUGUCGAGGAUGGAAGAGCUUGCUUGAAACCACAGUUUCAGAAGGAGAAACUCAGGUAGUGAUAAUGAAAAAACUCCUUGAUGGUGGUCCUUUUAACUUCAAGUUGGGAAAAACGUACAUAUAUGAGGGCAAGUUAGAGAAGCAGCAAGGCAAAAGUAAACCUUUCAGGAAAGUCUUAGUUACCUUCAAGAAAACUUAUAUAAGAGAAAGAAGCUUUAAAGGUAGUGAAUUUGGGAAAAAUAUUGGUCUGAGGUCACCACUUAUAAGACCACCCAGAAUCGUAUCAAGAGGAAGGAAACCCUACUCACAACAGUAUUCAACUCUACUUAAACAACUUGGAAUCAACACAUGGCGUAAAUGUUAUAAAUGUAAUGUCUGUGGAAAAGUCUUCCUCCAUAGUUCUUCCCUGAGUAAGCAUCAAAGAAUCCAUACUGGAGAAAAGCUCUAUAAAUGUAAGGAAUGUAGGAAAGCUUUCAGCCAAAGCUCAUCCUUGACUCAGCACCUGAGAGUUCACACUGGAGAAAAACCUUUUAUAUGCAAUGAAUGUGGGAAAGCCUUCAGCUUCACCACAUCACUUAUUGGACAUCAAAGAAUGCAUACUGGAGAAAGACCCUAUAAAUGCAAAGAAUGUGGAAAAACCUUUAAAGGUAGUUCUUCUCUUAAUAAUCACCAGCGAAUUCAUACUGGAGAAAAGCCCUAUAAGUGUAAUGAAUGUGGGAGAGCCUUUAGUCAAUGCUCAUCUCUUAUUCAGCAUCAUAGAAUCCAUACUGGAGAGAAACCAUAUGAAUGUAAUCAGUGUGGAAAAGCCUUUACUUCGAUAUCACGGCUAAGUAGACACCAUAGAAUUCAUACUGGAGAGAAACCCUUUAACUGUAAUGAGUGUGGAAAAGUCUUUAGUUAUCACUCGGCCCUUAUUAUACAUCAGAGAACUCACACUGGUGAGAAACCUUAUGCAUGUAAAGAAUGUGGGAAAGCCUUCAGCCAAAGCUCAGCUCUUAUACAACAUCAGAGAAUUCACACUGGAGAAAAGCCCUACAAAUGUAAUGAAUGUGGAAAAGCAUUCUCCUGGAUUUCACGGCUCAAUAUACAUCAUAGAAUUCAUACUGGAGAGAAACCGUAUAAUUGUAAAGAAUGUGGGAAAGCUUUCAUGUGUGGGAAAGCGUUCAGACAAAGUUCAUCCCUUAUGACACAUAUGAGAAUUCAUACUGGAGAAAAGCCUUAUAAAUGUAAACAAUGUGGGAAAGCUUUUAGUCAGAGUUCAUCCCUUACUAAUCAUCAGAGGACUCACACUUGA